GCGCACCCACAACUACCGCUCCUUUCCCACUAGCUAUAGUAAUGAGCUGAUAAAACAGCAUCCAGGGACUGGGAAAGGAGUACGGGGUGCAGAUAAACGUGACAUUACAUUCCUCCCUCUUUUUAAAGAGCUCCUUUAUCUGGACAUGUGCGGAUAGAUCAGGACUUUUUCCAUCAGGCUAAAAGACUGGGCUGCUGACACUUUCCUCCCUCCACCGAAGGUAGUUCAGGAUUCCUGGCAGCGACCGCUGUUCGGAGCAUGCAGGGUCAAUGCAGAGAGAGAGAGAGGUGCCGCAGUAGCAGGAAGACCUUCCCGUUUCCUCUAGCCCCGGGGUUUUGAGGCAGGACUGCGAGCUGCUGGUGCUAGUCGAGAGCCAGUGGGCACAGGCUUCCGGAGGCAACAGGUUAUCCACAGCUGCGUGCUGAGAGAUGGAGGCAGCCGGAGCCCGCCCGCUCCCCUCCAGCCUCUGGCCGCUGCUGCCCAGCAAUAAAUCAGGUGCUGCUGUCCUUUUUCAUGGCCGAGAGAAAGCAAAUAAGCCAAGGUGUGUGACUGUGAGCGUGUGUGUGCACAGAAAGGGAGGAGAGGCUAGCAAACAUGGAUUCAAGAUUUUCCUCUCCCCAGUGGCUGUGCGAAGGAAUGAAAGGUCUGCAUCAAGCUGAGGUGGAAGGGUUGCAGGUCACUGUGCCUGAGAAGAAGAAGGUGGCCAUGCUGUUUCAGCCUGCUCUGCUUCGCUGCCAUUUCUCUACUUCUUCCACCCAACCAGCUGUGGUGCAGUGGAGGUACAAAUCUUACUGCCAGGACCGGAUGGGAGAAGCUUUGGGAAUGGUGACCUCUGGGUUACAAACAAUGAGCAAGAGGAACCUGGACUGGGAUCCCUACCUGGACUGUGUGGACAGCAGAAGGACAGUCCGUGUCGUGGCCUCCAAACAGGGAUCUGCCAUCACUAUAGGGGACUUCUAUAAGGAAAGAGAUGUCAGCAUUGUCCACGAUGCAGACCUGCAGAUUGGGAAGUUGAUGUGGGGAGACAGUGGGCUCUACUACUGCCUUAUUAUCACACCAGAUGAUGUGGAGGGCAAGAAUGAAGAAUCAGUGGAGCUGCUUGUGCUGGGCAGGACAGGGCUGCUUGCUGAUCUCUUGCCCAGUUUUGCUGUGGAGAUUAUGCCAGAGUGGGUCUUUGUGGGCCUGGUGAUCCUGGGGGCGUUCCUGUUCUUCCUCCUGGUGGGGAUCUGCUGGUGCCAGUGCUGCCCACACAGCUGCUGCUGUUACGUCCGCUGCCCCUGCUGUCCUGAGUCCUGCUGCUGUCCCCGGGCACUGUAUGUAGCAGGCAAAGCAGCAAAAGCUGGGUACCCUCCUCCAGUCUCUGCCAUGCCAGGUCCAUACUACAUCCCCAGUGUUCCUGUAGCUGGUGUCCCAUCACCUGCUGUGCUGAUGGAUAAGUCGCACCCCCCUCCCUUAGCCCCAAGUGACGCCAGUGGAGGAAGCCAGAAUGCAGUGCGCAAAGGGUACAGGAUCCAGACUGACAAGGACAGGGACUCCAUGAAGGUGCUGUACUAUGUUGAGAAAGAACUGGCUCAGUUUGACCCAGCCAGGAGGAUGCGAGAACGAUAUAACAACACCGUGUCUGAGCUCAGCUCGUUGCACGAGGAGGACCUGAACUUCCGCCAGCCCUACCGGCAGUCGCGGAGGAAACCCCUGCCUCCCGCGGGGGACAUGGACGGCGACGCGGAAUACUGGGCGGGAGUCAUCGGCGGGGGCAGCACGUCCAGGUCUCAGGCUGUCUCUGAUUACAGAGAUGAGAGGGACAGUUACUGGCACAGCCAGCAGAGAUCCAAGUCCGAGAUGCUGUCCCGUAAGAGCUUCUCCGUGGGAGUGCCGGCUGUCUCCAUGGACGAGCUGGCAGCCUUUGCAGAGUCCUACAGCCAGCGGCCCCGGCGGGCGGACAGCCAGGAGACGCGGCGCUUCGAGCGGUCGGAGUCGCACGGCGGCCGCAGCGGGGGGCUGCCCCACCAGGACAGCUCCAUGGAGGAGUACUACUCCAAGCGCAGCAGAGGGAAUAGGGAGCCGCUGACGGACUCGGAUCGGGGCUGGUCGUACACCCCACCCCGGAGACGGGCCCACGAGGAAAAGCACCUUCCCAGGCUGGUGAGCCGGACGCCCGGAGGGAGCCAGAAAUACGACCACUCCUACCUCAGCAGCGUCUUGGAGAGGAAAUCUCGGAGCUACGAUGAGAGCGGUGACCAUUGUGCCACCCCCUCGAAGCUGAGCUCGCAGCCCAGCCAGAGAGGAGGGGGAACAUACUAUGCCUGGUCACCACCCUCCACCUACAAAGCCGAGAAGUCGCAGCAGCAGCCGCAGCAGCCGCCGUCGUCUCAAGAGGAGGAUGAGGAGGAGGACAGCCUGCCCCCCUACAGCGAGAGGGAGCUGAGCCGGGGCCCCUCGUACAGGGCCAGGGAACAGGCCUACCUCAAUGCCUCUGACAAGAAGAGGAAAAAGGACCCCAAGAAAACAGUGAGGCCAUGUCUGGUGGUCCUGGUCCAAAUAGGCUGAACGGAGAGUCACCAGAAUGAUUUCCCAACGAGGAUGUCCCUUGUGGUUUGAAGUUGUGGACAUCUCAUGUUGAUGGGCUGGAUAUCACGAGGUGACUGCAGUGGAGAAGAUACAGAGCAACAAGCAAGACUCUGUGACCCUUUGCAGCCAUCACCUGUGGACUGUUUCAAUUGUUGUUUCAUCAGGGGAGCAGAGCCUUUUGUAAGAGACAGACGCCCAUGAACAGCACUCGGUCUCAGAGGCUCUGGGAAUCUGCCAAGAAAAUGAGGCCAGGGCUCUCUUUGGCACCCUGUUUCCCAGUGCCCUCCAUUCUGCACUGGAAGGCAGCCACAUCCCUACUGUCCCUGCAGCCCUGAACUACAAGUGGGGAUGGCUUUGUGCCUCCUGCCCUGUCUCAUGUGCAAAGGGAGGCCUGUGCAUACCUCUUUCUGUCUGCCUCCUCAGUUCUCUGGAUCAAAAUUGUCAUCCAUACUUAGAGCCAUCUGUGUCAUCCCCAUGAUGGGAGGAGGCCUUGUUCUUACAGCUGCAGGCUGCCUCCAGCUGAUGGGGCCCUAAAUGGGAAAGAAAACUCACAUCCUCUAAGAAAAGGACUGAUGAGGUGUUAACUUUGAUAAGGGCUGAAUGGAGAAAGACAAUUAUGAGCUGGUUUGUUCAAUAUUUAGUUCUGUUCAUUGUGUGAUGAGAGUUUCAGGUGAGAUUGAUGUAUUGUUUUGAAAGUGGGUCAAAGUAGCUUUUAUUGUGAUGAGAGCAUGAUGUGUUUUCCCCCUGUCCGCAACUGUGUUUUGUUUUGAUGCAGCUGCAUUUCCUUGCAGCUGAGCUAUGAACCUGUAGAGCUUCAAGCUAGAGUACCUACUCCACUGUACCAUAAGCAGUGCUCUAGCCUAGCUGGUGUUCUGCUUCCAGCACCACCAGACAUCCCUGCAGAGUGAGUGGCCUUUUUGUUUUAAAGAAGCAAAAAGGGGACAGUCUCAGUGAGAAGGCAGCUGCAGACCUUCAGUCCGUGCUACUGGUAUCUCUCCAUUCUGGGAAUUGUUUCCAGACACUGAAGAGAGCAGUAACAGCAGUGGAAAAAGAAUUAAGCUCUGUGGAUGGACACAAGCUUUGAAAGUCACCCUUUUCACUUACAACCAUUUCAGUCACCUUGACUGGGACGGGGUUUUAGUGGCUGUUUUCUCAGGAAUAGCUCAAUUUAGAAGUGAGUGCUUCAUACCAUUUGGAAGCCUGACAUUCUUUUUUUCAUAGGGUAUUAUGCAGUCAUUUAGCUGCCAAAAUCAUCAUGUGAAGGAAGAUGAUGGGAUUAUUUCAAGGGCCAGUAUCUUGCCCCUUAUUAUGCCUAGAAACAACUUAGUGCCCUGUUGUGUUAUGGACAUUGUCAGCCUCUGAAAUUGCAUCUUUGUUGUUACUCUGGGAAUUUGGGAACCUGUCUGGCCUCAGGUGCUUAUACUGGUAGUACUGUUUUGAACACAAGGUGUAUUAAAUCACUGCAGUUCUCCAUAAAAAAUGAUAGAUUAA